AUGGGUAAAGGUAAACCAAGAGGAUUGAACUCCGCUAGAAAAUUACGUGUCCACAGAAGAAACAACCGUUGGGCUGAACAAAAAUAUAAAUCCAGAUUAUUGGGUACCGCUUUCAAAUCAUCUCCAUUCGGUGGUUCAUCUCACGCUAAAGGUAUUGUUUUAGAAAAAAUUGGUAUUGAAUCAAAACAACCAAACUCUGCUAUCAGAAAAUGUGUUCGUGUUCAAUUAAUUAAAAACGGUAAAAGAGUUACUGCUUUCGUUCCAAACGAUGGUUGUUUAAACUAUGUUGAUGAAAAUGAUGAAGUUUUAUUAGCUGGUUUUGGUAGAAAAGGUAAAGCUAAGGGUGAUAUUCCAGGUGUUAGAUUCAAAGUUGUUAAAGUUUCUGGUGUUUCAUUAUUAGCUUUAUGGAAAGAAAAGAAAGAAAAACCAAGAUCAUAG